UUCUGUGAUUCUUACAACCUAGAUCCUGCUGCCCCCACUGGCUUCGUCAUUGGAGUUGACCUCCUACGGAUUUCCCCGCUGGAAGGCGCAGUCUUCUUGUCGCAGGUUGAUAUUACAGACCCAAGAACACAGAGGGCGAUUCAGAAUCUGCUUCCUGCGGAGAAGGUGGAUGUUAUCUUGAGCGACAUGGCACCUAAUGCAACAGGCAUUAAAGAGCUGGAUCAUCAGAAGUUGAUCGGUUUGUGUUUAGGCCUUGUGAAUCUGUCAGAAAGUAUUUUAAAGCCAAAAGGAACAAUACUGUGUAAAUUCUGGGAUGGACAUGAGUCCCGUGUUCUUCAAAACAAAUUGAAGGAGCAGUUCCAAAACGUGAGAACUAUAAAGCCUCAGUCUAGUCGGAAAGACUCAUCUGAAUCUUAUUACUUGGCAAGAUUGUACAAAGGGAAAUGAAAGCUGGGAAAUACAGAUUAUCAAACAGGUGAUCAGAGACAGACUGGAAUCUGAAUGUGGCGUGUGUCUAAAGAAAACUCCCAGCAUGAAGAUCCCCAGCUUGAACUAUUAGACUGUUGAGAACAACCUCGGGAAAUCUGCUGCAGUUCUCACAAAGUACAUCAUGCUUUUCAAAUAUGAAAAUAAAACCAGGGUGCUGCCCCACUGAGUUUAUCCACUAAUUGCACAAGCAGAGACAUCCAAUCUAGCUUCACACAUGUGGAGAAAACAGUUGGGAAUGGAGAGGAAUAAUCUGAAAGGCAACCUCUGGGGCUGUUGUAAUGGAAAUGAAAAUAAAGCAGUGAUUAUAUAAGUU